AUGAACAAAAUUAUAAAGAAGUGUUGUGGGCUCCCAAUGGCCAUUAUUAGCAUUGCUGGCCUCUUGGUGAGCUAUAGAACGUCAGAGAGCAAAGAAAUGUGGGAGAGAGUUCGCAAGUCGAUUGGUACUCACAUGGAGAGCCGCCCUACCCUUGAGGGGAUGAAGCAGAUUAUUAGUCUCAGCUAUAACCACCUGCACCAUUAUCUCAAGGGUUGUAUGAUGCAUCUCAGUUUUUUUCCGGAGGAUUAUGUAAUCGUUAAGAAUCGGCUCUUGAAGAGAUGGAUCGCAGAAGGACUGGUUGCUGAGAUUCAGGGGUUGACCUUAAUGGAGGUAGCAGACAUCUACUACAACGAGUUGGUGAGAAGGAGCAUGAUUGAUCGGGCCGAUGAUAUAAUCAGCUGGCGGGAUGGAAAGGUGGAGACGUGCCGGGUACAUAACAUGGUAUAUGAGGUCAUGGUGUCCAAAGCCCUGGAUGAGAACUUUAUUAGCCUAGUAGGUGGCCCAUAUGAAGGGAUGUCGUAUGGUAGAAUUCGCCGUCUGUCCAUCCAUGGUGGAGAAGAGGUAGCAUCCAUCAAAACUGCAACAUCCCAUGGUAGGAAGAAUGCCAUCAAGGAGAUGAAGAUGGAGCAUGUCCGAUCACUGAGUGUGUUUGACCUCAAUCACAUAAAAGUGCUUGAUCGUCUAGGCGAGUUCAGCCUACUCAGGGUACUUGACCUGGAAGAUUGCAUGGGCCUGGAAGACAAGCAUUUGGUACAUGUCUGCCGGAUGUACAUGCUAAGGUUUUUAGGCCUAAAAGGUACAUACAUAACUAAUUUGCCUCCAGAAGUCGGUGGGCUAGAGAAUUUGGAGACCCUUGAUGUACGUGAGACAGACCUUAGAGAUCUGCCCAAAACUGUGUCAAAGCUAGAGAAACUGGAGCACCUGCAAAUUAGUAACAAAGAGUACACAGAGUGUUGGAUUGCACGCAAGGGCCUGGGUAGAAUGAAGGCGCUACGAAUGGUGAAUACAAUAGUUUUUGGUAAUGAUUAUGCUGCUGCUAAAGAGCUCGGUGAACUACAAAAAAUGAGAGAGUUAGCCUUGGACAUCAGGGAUCCUGAUAAUCCUUAUCAUAACGAUGUUAGGGGAACGCUAGCCAGGUCCCUGAGCAAGAUGUAUUCCCUCCGGUGGCUCAGCAUUGGUAGUAAAGUAUGUAGGGAUAAUGAUACAUUGGACUUUCUACAUGAUCUCGACAUGCCACCGGCGCUCCUCCAGUAUCUUAAGAUUGGUGCCGGCAUUAACAAAUUGCCCAACUGGAUCAGCUCACUGAAUAAUCUUGUUGAGCUUGUCAUUGCUUGGACAUACUUUGUUGGUGACCAAUUGUUCGGCCCAAUAUGUAAGCUGCCCAGGCUGAAGUACUUACGCUUGGGCUCGAACUGCUACAAGGAUACAGAGCUGGUUGCACAAACAGCCCACACCUUUCCGGCACUCAAGUACCUGUUCCUGAACUUCAACAUUGAAAGUAUGGAAGCUGUCCGGUUUGAGGAAAACACAAUGACAGAGCUUGAGACACUCAGUGUGAGCUUUUGGAAAGGAGAGCUUAACAGAGUCCAAGGCAUGAAGAAUUUGGCAAGCCUUCAAGAGGUGCAGCUCGCUGGUCAGAAAGGCAACCCAGCAUUGAACUGUGCCAUGGAGCAACUAAAGACACUGAAUGAGAAGCGCCCAGGAAAUCAGAUGAAGGUUGCAGUGCAAUACCAGUGA